UUUGAUUGUAUUUUGUUUGUUGCGAUUUUUAGUAUCUGAUUUGGAUUUUUUCAUUCUUUAUAUGUCCGUAUUCAUCGAGUCUAUUAAUAAACAAAUUAGUCAGUACUUAUGUUGAACACGUCGUAUUGUAGCUCUUAUCUCACCUGUAAUUUAUUUGGAGAUUUUUUAACAAAGAUGCGGUUGGCUCUUAUGAAUGCUGUCUCGCAACCGCCAAUCAUUUUACUCCAGUCUGUCAAGGUCAAGAUUUAUGAAGGGAAGGUUGUAGUUCAGAAUGUAAUAGAUUGUACCAAAAUCAUGAUCAAUCCUGAUAUUCCAGAGGCUGUAUGUUUUAUUACUAGAUUGGAUCCUUCGGAGUCAUAUUUCAUUGACUCUAUCACCCUUGGUAAUGGAUUUAUUGUUGCUGAUGUCGAUGAUGAUUUUGUCAAUCUCUCUAUGAAUAGGAGUAUUAAGGAAUUAAGAGAAAAUGAUGCGGAUGGUUUCUUCAAUAUUGUUGCUAAGAUUAAAAGUAUAUGCAACAAUUUUGAUUGGUGGUACUACUCAUGUGUCUGUGGUUAUCCUUUGGAGCUUUUUAGAAAUCAUUUCAGUUGUUCCGAAUGUGGAAGGAAAAUAAAGAAUGCUGUGAAGAAGUACAAGGUUUUAGUAGAUGUUGAGGAUGCUACUGGAAGUGCUAGAUUUGUUUUGUAUGACCGUCCUGCAACGCUCUUAUUCAGGAAAAAGCUCAUUGAGGUUCUUCGGGAUUUUGAUACUGAGCACUCGGUUGUGUAUGCAACCCCUUAUCCACCAUUCUUUGAUGAUGUAAUUGGAAAGGAAGUUGUGUUUAAAGUAGACCGAAAAAAAGUUGAAAAUAGACCAGAUGUUGGGACAUUUAAAGUAGUCAACUGUUCUGAUGAUCAUGUGAUUGUUAACAAAUUUAAGACAGAUCCUGUUUCCAGUAGACUUCUCCCACCAACUGUAUUUUCACCGAUUUAUGAGGAUGUCAUUCAAAAUCCGCAGCCUCAUGAUGAAAUAUCAUCUCUUGGUAGUAGAAUCUCAGUUACUUCUGACAAUAUGGAAUCUAUUGAAGUUGAUAUGGAGGCUUUGGGUGCUGCAUAUAACCUUACAAAGCCGGAUCCUUGUGUUCUGUUGGCUGGUACAAUUACAUCUAUCUCUAAUGAUAAGAAUUGGUGGUACUCAGUUUGUUUGUGUGGUGAAAAAAUAGAUGCCGACCAAUCUAAGCUCUUUUGUCACCUUUGCUUGACACAUUGUUCUGAUGGAGUUUUGAGAUACAAAGUAAAAGUUUAUGUUAAUCACGCUGGUGGUUGCAAUGCAUUAAUUCUCCAUGAUGGAGAUGUGCAGCACUUAAUGGGGCGAAAAUGUUCUGAGGUUUUAAGAGAUGAUAACUCCUUUAUCUUGAAUGAAGAAUUUCACUUGGAUGCAUCUGAUUUUUUGUACAAAUUGAUAGGAAAAAAAUUGGUAUUCAUGGUUGAUCCUCAACCCGUUGAGAGUGACACAAUAUGCCAUGCGUAUAAUGUUUUUAAAGUUUCUACACAUGAGUUUAUGUUAAAGCUGAUUGAACGUGUUGAGAAUCGUGCUUUGAAUACGUGUGCUAUUGUUUCGGCCUCAAAUGUGGCUUCUAUUGAAGACACUGUUGCACAUAUUUCUGGUUCAGUAUUACCUGAUCACAAAUCUGUUCGUGUGGUAAAUGAAAUUGUUUGCAACAAGAGAUUGGCAUCCCCAUACCGUGAUGUACCAAGAUCUACAAAGCAAAAACUUGAAGAUGCCUUUUCUAGGAGUAUAGAUGAAACUUGGAAUGAUAAUGAGGAGACAUCAUCAUCUAUGAAUAUUUAA